AGAGAAACGAGGUAUAUUAACUCCAGGCAAUUUUUGGUCGGCAGUCUCCACUGACAUAGAAGCGACGCGCGCAUUGCACUUGCUGGAGGAAAAGGGAAAAGGCGGGUGGUCUGAAACAAAGGACUUGGACUCAACAUUUCAAAAUUCUCUAGACUGUCGGGCUGACGACGAAUUUUGAGGAGCACUUCCAGAGGAGACCACUUAAAGGACCAUGCCACUUGUGCGCUUUGUUUGUAGCCUAAUGAAUCUGAACUCAACCAAACGGAUAACUGGCGGCGAAAAUAAAACCCCUUAGCUUACUAGCAACACUGUCUGCAACACCGUCGGCAAAAAAACACUUUAUGCAUGGAUGGCAAAGACCACAGAAAAGAGUUAAAAUCUCGUUGACAAAUCAGUUGUUCGCAUCUUCAACGGAAACGUACAGGACUGGGCGCUACAGAUGUAGUGACAUCGAAGCAAUUGUUUCAGGAAAGUCGACAGACUCGUUUAAGGCGUGACAGCAACAAAGGGACGUGAAAACUCGCAUCAGCACCAGUGAGUACACAGACGCUUAAUCACAACCAGUCGCGACGUGAGGACUUGCCUUUGCAAAUAUAUACGUGUUGCGUUCCUUUUGCCAUCUUUAUUAUCGAAGUGUUUCUGCGUUUUUGUUGCUAGUCACCGCGCAACGGGUUCACCCUAACCGAAACCAAAGACUUUGGAUAGUGGGCAGGCUCCACAGUGUUAACAGAAAUAUUUGGGGGUCAUUCAGACGCCCCGAAGUCGGGUUCUGAACAAAAGUUGCAACUGAGCGCGUAUCAUAAAGGCGGUGUAGUUCUUUGUUGUCGAAUGGAAAAAGACAACAGUAGACAAGCGCAAAACCCAAAAUAACAUAAAUACGUUGACGAAAGGAGCGACGGAAAGUGAGAGACGUGGCGAAGAUUCCUGAGGUGAAAGACCGUUAAAGGGCUCUCUCCAUGGAUAUAGACACAGACUAUGAGCGGCCGAACGUAGAGACCAUAAAGUGUGUGGUGGUCGGGGACAACGCGGUGGGGAAGACCCGUCUGAUCUGCGCCCGCGCCUGCAACGCCACGCUCACUCAGUACCAGCUCCUCGCCACGCAUGUGCCAACCGUGUGGGCCAUCGACCAGUACCGCGUGUGCCAGGAGGUGCUGGAGAGGUCGCGGGAUGUGGUGGACGAGGUCAGCGUCUCCCUGCGCCUGUGGGACACGUUCGGAGAUCAUCACAAAGACCGCCGCUUUGCAUACGGCAGAUCUGACGUGGUGGUUCUCUGCUUCUCCCUGGCCAACCCUAACUCCUUGCGACACGUGCUCACCAUGUGGUUUCCCGAGAUCAAACACUUCUGCCCCCGCACUCCCAUAAUCCUCGUGGGCUGCCAGCUGGACCUGCGCUACGCCGACCUGGAGGCUGUCAACCGAGCCCGCCGUCCCCUGGCCAAGCCCAUCAAACCCACAGACAUCCUCCCGCCGGAGCGCGGUCACGAGGUGGCCAAGGAGCUGGGCGUGCCGUACUACGAGACCAGCAUCGUGGCGCAGUUCGGCGUGAAGGACGUCUUCGACAACGCCAUCCGAGCCGCGCUCAUCUCCCGCCGGCACCUGCAGUUCUGGAAGUCCCACCUGAAGAAGGUGCAGAGGCCCCUCCUGCAGGCCCCCUUCCUGCCCCCGCGCCCGCCCCGGCCCGUGGUGGGCAUCCCGGACCCCCCCGCCAUCGACGGCGAAGGGCCCGACUCGCUCUUCUGCCUGCCGCUCUGCGCCGACGUCCUGUUCCUCCUGCGGGGCGGCGAUGCCCGCGUCUUCGCCCACAAGGUCUACCUCGCCACGUCCUGCUCCAAGUUCUACGACCUGUUCGCCAUGGACCUGGGGGGGCAGGCGGGCUGGGAGGAGGGGGAGGGGGGGUCCGCGGACGAUUCGGGGGCGGUCAGCGAGGAGGAGGAGCAGAGCCGGAGGGAGGCCAAGGAGCAGGCGGGGCGCACCAAGAGCCUGGACAUCGAUAAGGACGUGGAGGGCCGGCCGCGGGGCCUCAGGCAGCCUCUCCUGCCCGAGCAGGGCUCCCUUAGGACUUCCCGGAGCGCUAACGCCCUUCCCGCCAUCGGCCACUGCUCCGGGGGGCCCUUGUGGGCCGGACGGGCCCUGGCGGGGUGGGGCCGGGGCUUCCUCAGCGUUUGCCUGGAGCAUGUGGAGGACCCCAUGACCGGGCGGCCCAGGCUAAUGACUGUGGUGUCCAUGGACUGCCUGAUCCAAAAAGAGCCCUUCCAGGCGGUGCUGCAGUACCUGUACACGGGCAGUUUGGACGAGGGCCGGGGCGACUUGAUGCAGGUGGCCACCAUCGCGGAGCUCCUGGAGGUCUUCGACCUGCGCAUGAUGGUGGCUAACGUGCUAAACCGCGAGAGCUUCAUGAACCAGGAGAUCACCAAGGCCUUCCACGUGCGGCGAGCCAAUCGCACCAGGGAGUGCCUGAACACGGGCAUGUUUGCUGAUGUGGUGUUCCGAUUGGACGAUGGCUACCUCCCCGCCCACAAGCCCCUGCUGAUCUCCAGCUGCGAUUGGAUGGCUGCCAUGUUCCGCGGAUCCUUUAUGGAGAGCUACGUUGAGGAGGUGUCCCUCCCCGGCUCCUGCAGUGCCUGUAUGCGGGCCGUGUUGGAGUAUCUGUACUGCGGCCUGCUCUCCCCCAGCCCUGAGCUGCAGCCCAUGGAGCUCAUCAUCCUGGCCAAUCGGCUCUGUCUGCCCCGACUCGUCGCCCUCACCGAGCAGCACGCCGUGGAAGAACUGCUCCAGACCGCCAUCACGGGCGUGGACAUCGAUGGACAGGUGCUGGCGUACCUGGAGACGGCUCAGUUCCACAACGCCCGGCAACUCUCUGCCUGGUGCCUUCACCACAUCUGCACCAAUUACAACAGCGUGUGCCGCAAGUUCCCCAAAGAUAUGAAGGCCAUGUCCCCAGAGAACCAGAGGCACUUUGAGAAGCAGCGCUGGCCGCCCGUGUGGUUCCUGAAGGAGGAGGACCGGUACCUGCGCUCCCGCAAGGAGAGGGAGCGGGAGGAGGAGAUCCUGCGCAAACAGAACACCAAGAGGGGGUGGUGCUUCUGGAGACACGCCUCCUCCACCACGCCCCACAUCUCCUGAAGCUCCGCCCCCUGGCUCUACACCACGCCCCACAUCUCCUGAAGCUCCGCCCCCUGGCUCUACACCACGCCCCACAUCUCCUGAAGCUCCGCCCCUUGGCUCUACACCACGCCCCACAUCUCCUGAAGCUCCGCCCCCUGGCCAUACACCACGCCCCACAUCUCCUGAAGCUCCAUGCCCUGUCUACACCACGCCCCACAUCUCCUGAAGUGCCGCGCCCUGUCUCUACACCACGCCCCACAUCUCCUGAAGCUCCGCCCCCUGGUUUGACACCACGCCCACAUUUCCUGAGGCUCCGCCCAGAUCCCUACACCACACGCACAUACCCUGAGGCUCGGCCACUGCUCGGGAGGCCCCACCCAUGACUCUACACCAAGUCCCGCCCCCACCCCAACGUGAGCCGCCCCUCACCUCAGCCCCUGCUGACCUCUGACCUCCCCGGGGCCCGUCUGGAGUCCCCAUCCACAUCCACACCGCAGCGCGCCUCCAUGUGAGCUGGCGGCUGUUCGCCACAGGGGGGCGCUGCAGUGUGAAAUAAUGCUGGACAGAGUUAUGAAGGAGGGAACAUUCCUCCCCUGGCUGCGCGCUGUAGAGUGCCCUCGUUAUCAACCGCUCGGUGAAGUUAGCGGUAGAGAUGGGCACUGACGGUGUGAGCAGUAUCGUUGUGCUUUUAUUUUUGCCGUGACCUCUUAAGUGGAGGUUAAAUGUGUAAGGACGACUAAUUACAGUAAACAAAUGACCUUAAAAAAAAAAAAAAACUUCAAGAAGAACAACAGAAAUAUGAAUUAGUGGCGGCAGGGAUAAAAAUAAAAAAAACUGCAGAUUUUUGUGUCUGCCUCCGUUUGCAGUCCCCCUGGCCUGCCGCUGGUUAUUACCCUUUCAUUUCCUCCUCCCUUUUAUUACUUCGUUUAUUCUCUCUGUUUUGGCGCAGCCCCCCUGCGGACUUGAGCUCCUGCUGUUCAGACUGUUAAAAUAAAAUAAAGGGGGCAGGGUGGUGGUCGCUGCCAGAAGAGGCGGGGUGGGUGGGCAGGGCCUGCAGACUGUGGGACGGGCUCUGUCACUGGGCUGUAUGCAGGAGAGCACACAGCACCAGCAAAGAGCCAAAAUGGCUCCACAGCACAGCGCAGUAGCACAGCUCUCUGGCUCAAACGUCCUGAGCACAGGGUCCCUCUACAGCUCGCCUGGGCUCUGAGUGUCCGCCCCGGCGUAGGGCCCUCUACACUGCAAAAACGCCCGUCUUAACCUCUCUCAAGUUGAAAAUAGUAGCUUGUUUUAAGUCAGUGUGCAUUGGCAAAUCUUGAAACGAGUCAAACUGUCUUACACCAUAUUUACGGCAAUAUUUUCAUUCCUUUUUAGCAAAAAGGUGAAAGAAAUAUCAAUAAGUCUCAAUAUAAGACUAAAGUACUUGUUAGUUUUUUUUUUUGCACUGUAGAGGGGGGGGGUGAGGGGAGCAGUGUUAGAGGUGUAGCUUCUCCACCUCUGUCCCUUCGUCUCUGGUUCCCUCCACUUCUGUCUGCAUUGGGACCCACCCCCUCUCAGACCGUCUGCCUUUACACCCCCAGUCCACUGGAGGGCAGCACCACCUCCUGCAUUGCCACCCCCUUUUUCCUAAAAAAAAAAAAAAACCCUAAAAUUAUACUGCCUCUGGGAGGUGCAAAAAUACCAUCCAGCUUUUCCGUCUUUCACUUUUUUAUAGCUUUUGUACUCUUGCUAUUUUCUUCUUGGUUUUUUUAUUUGUUUAUCCCAAUGGUUUCCGUCGCUCCUGAUAUUUGUAUUUUUCGAGCUCCUGAUACCAAAAGAAAACUGUGAAGUUUCUCUCUCUAACUAAGCACAAUGUGAAUCCACGUCCCUCUCUCCUCUCCUCCCCUCCCUCUCUCCCUCUUUCAGAGGUGAGGGAGUGAGAGAACGGGUGUUUGGCGAGUCCGGAGGGAGACGGUGUUGUCGCCGUAGCGCUAGCGGCUAAAAGCUGCGUGGUGGGGUAGACCUCUCGCCCUCACCUUCUCCAGCUGUGACUACCGGUGCUCAGGAUGAUAAAAAUCCUAAUUCUACAGACACAGCAGCUUCGUGUGAAGGAGUAUUCUCAUGUACCUACCAGCUGAACUCUGCCCUGUGUGUGUUCACCUACCAUUCACCCCUGAGACAUCCUCACUCUGAAGUUCACCCACAUGUACUACCAAAAACAAAAAAAAGCAAUGUCAUUUCUACUAAAUUUAUUCAGGUGAAAAGUGUACUUGUGGGUUUACCUUGCUAAUCAGAGGCAAUCAUAGCUAAGGUGAAAGGUGGGCUCCAGUGAAGCUAUCAUGGCUGUUGGAUUGGGGAUUAUAUGCCCUUGCUAGCUGUUGCUACCGAUUAUGAAUCAUUCUGAUCCUGUGUGUGGUCAUUUUUUGUGCUGAAUUUAGAAGAGGGAGGUGAAUUCUGGUGUAAUAUUAAGAGUUACACAUGGAUCCAAAGGCAGUGUUAGACCAAGUGAUUACAAAAAAAAACUUCUGACCUUAUAUGUAGCCUUGACAUGUUGGGAUGUAGUGUUCAGUCCUCUCGCUGAAAAAAUGACUAAAGCCAGCAAUCUAUACACAGAUGCACACACACACAGAAGUGUGUUUGCGUAGAGGCGUGUAUUGCGGAUACUACAUCAGCGGAGGUGGGAGUUUUAUGCCUGACAGAGUGGCGUUAAAUCACAGUGUUUUCUCCCGCGUUCUUCAAUGUUCUCGUGGGCUCUGGGACUUUAACCAGAACGUUAAAAAACGUUGGGAUAAGGAUUUUUUUAGCACCUUUUCUAUUUCUGGCUCCUAAAUUCUUCCCCACGGGCUCCUGCCAGGUGUCUGAGUGAGAUAGCAGGAGGCGCCUGGUGUGCUCCUGUUUUCCGCUGCUCCUCCUGAUUGGAGGCGUGUUAGCGUGUUAGCAGCGUCACCGGGGAGGGAAAGAGCCUGUAAUGGGAUCCCGGUGGGGCCUCCAGGUGUGUGUGCAGCCGUGUGACCUGCGUCUAAGCUGUGUGUGGAGUGUGUGUGGGGUGUGUUUAGUUUGUGUUUAGUGUGUGUUUUUCAGCCACGUGUGUAGAGUGUGUGCCGGGACUGUUGAAGCUGAUCAUACCACUCUUCCAUUGUCACAGUGUAGUGCAGACUUUUUUUUUAGGGUCCCCCUGUUCUGGGGGUGGAGUGAGUGAGUGAGUGAGUGAGUGAGUGAGUGAGUGAGUGAGUGAGUGAGUGAGUGAGUGAGUGAGUGAGUGAGUGAGUGAGUGAGUGAGUGAGUGAGUGAGUGAGUGAGUGAGUGAGUGAGUGAGUGAGUGAGUGAGUGAGUGAGUGUGAGUGAGUAUAUGUGAGUGAGUGAGUGAGUGA